AUGCUUACUAUCAGCCCAUUGCUGCUCGCACGCCAAACCAUUUUUCGCCUCCCGAUAGUUUGCACAAGCCGAACCUUUUCUGCAAUGCCUCCGACCAAGCUUCCAGAAUCCUCGCCCAACUUUGCGAGCGAAGAUGGUCGCUAUCAUCGGCAAACGUCCGACUUCUUACACCAUGUUGCUAAGGGCACAAAGUUUGAGCCGGAAGUAGGUCGCUACAAGCUUAUCGUUUCCCUCGCCUGCCCAUGGGCGCAUCGUGCUUUGAUUGUACGCCACCUGAAGCGCAUGCAUGAGGUAGAGAACUUGCUCCCACUCACUAUCGUUGACACAUUUCUUGGGCGAGAGGGCUGGAGCGUCGCGCAUCUAAACGUCGAUCGACCUAAUGUGCAUGGAACGGGCAACAACAUUCCUGGGCAUGAAUCGAAGCGAUUCCUCCGUGAAUUUUACCUCGAGGCGGAUCCAUCGUACGCGAAGCGGCCGACAGUGCCCGUUUUGUGGGACAACAAGCUCAAUACAAUUGUCAAUAACGAGUCCUCGGAAUUGAUUCGCUGCCUGAAUACGGCGUUCGAUGACUUUCUCCCGGAGGAGGUGCGCGGCGUCACGUAUUAUCCGGAAGAUCUACGCAAGGAUAUCGAUGCAUUUCAUGAGUGGGUUCUUCCAAAUAUCAACAAUGGGGUCUACCGCAGUGGAUUUGCCUCCAGUAUGGACGCAUACCAAGAGGCGGUAAUCCCACUCUUCGAAAGUCUCGAACGUGUCGACAAGGAAAUUGGAAAUAAAAAGUUUGUGAUGGGCGACCGCCUGACGGAAGCGGACAUUCGCCUGUUUACGACGAUUGUCCGUUUCGAUCCGGUGUACCAUGGCCAUUUCAAAUGCAAUAUCCAGCAAAUUCGCGGUGGCGGACUACCGAAUCUGCACCGCUGGCUUCGUGAGAUGUACUGGACAAUCCCCGCCUUCAAGGAAACUACUUGCUUCGAAAGUAUCAAAGUGCAUUACUAUAGCAGCCAUGUGAACAUCAACCCAACCAGCAUCGUGCCUGUUGGUCCGAUCCCGCCCAUCAUGCCACUUGACGCUUAA